AUGCAUUCAGGAAGGAUGUUUCUCGUGCCUCAAAGUUUCUCUCUAAAACCUUCGAUUAAAGUCGUUGUGUUCGGUUUCCUUCUCCUGGGAUUCACCUGCAAAGGUCAGUCCCUGCAGACGGAGCGUCCUCGGCUCGUUGCAGCGAUGCUCGGUGAUGAUGUGGUUUUACCGUGUCACCUGGGAGUUUCUGUGAACCCCGAUGAGUUGGUGCUGGAAUGGGGGAGGCUGGACCUAAACCCCAGAUUUGUGUUCAUGUGGUUUGAAGGGAGUGAAAAUGUAAAUGAGAAAAACAUGGAGUUCAAGGGAAGAACGUCUCUGUUCACAGACAGACUGAGAGACGGAGACGUUUCACUGAGACUGACGGGAGUAAAACACUCUGACAACGGGAGAUUCAGAUGCUACAACCCAAAAGAGAUGAAAGAAUAUUAUGUCGACCUGCUUGUUGGCUCCGCCUCCUCACCUGGUGUCAGUUUAUCUGGACUGGACGUCAGCAGCAGUGGAGUGAUGCUGGACUGCAGCGCUGCAGGCUGGUAUCCAGAACCUGAGAUGUUCUGGCUGGACGGAGACGGAAACAUCAUGUCUGCUGGACCUGCAGAGAAAAGCACAGAUCCUGAUGGUGUUUACACUGUUAGCAGCAGAGUGACUGUAGAGAAGAGAAACAACAACAACUUUACCUGCAGAGUCCAGCAGAGAGACGUCAACCAGAGCAGAGAGACACACAUUCAUGUUCCAGAUGAUUUCUUCAUCAAUGAGUCCAGCUUCUACGUUUCUAUCAGCUUCAAUGUCAUUUUAGUCAUCAUGUUUGUUCUUGGAGUCGCUUUUCUUAUUAUUUGGAUGAAGAAACAAAUCAAAAACAAACAGAAGAAGUUAACAGAGAAAAUCAGUGAAGAGCAAAAGAAUCUCAUUACAGCAAUAAGACUGGAGGAGGAGCUAGAAAAGAGCAACAAGGAUCAGAAAAUCAUUGAUGAGCAGAGGAACUGA